UUUGCCCCCACUUUGCGCGCUUCCGUGAUUCGCAGCCCUUAUGAAAUUCGCACGCACUUUUACAAAUUACCUUUUGUUGGCCCCUUCUCGACUAACGCUCAACACAGAAUCAAGCGCUUAACUCAACGCUGUUGUAAGAACUUAGUCAUCAAGUUAGUGUUUGACCCAUACAAGAUCAAGAACUUAUUCAUUGCCAAGGAUGCGAUCUCUAAUUUAUCACGAUCCCUUGUUGUUUACAAAUUUUCUUGCGCAGGCUGUAGCGCCUGUUACGUCGGCGUAUGGAAAAGCCGGAAUCCGGAAUCCGGAAUCCGGAACCGGAGCAGGAAACGGAAACGGAACCUGAACUUAAAUUGAGACCAGGGUAAACUGUGAAGCACUAAAACCAGUUCCCGAUACCCGUGUGGGAAUAAAAUUCAAGAUGGCGUCGUCUGUUAUCAUUGGUUUUAUAAAUUUUUAGCCUAGUGAUCAUGAUACCAAAGGUAUACUCACAUUCGGAAAGUGACUUGCAAAAAAAAAGGUAAGUGCAUCCUACUGUUAUUCUUAGCAGUCGUAAACUGUGACUGCAGCUGUAAGUCGAGCAAUUUUCGACAGAUCGAGACUACAACUAAUCACAAGCCGAUUGACUGCGAAAAACAGCCAUUAUUAGUAUGUGAUGUUUAAGACCGCUGUGUUAUUCAUUUCCUUCUCUUGGGCCUAAGUUACUCCUUUCUUAAAAGGGCUCCGUGUUACAUCCAUUGUGAGGGAAAGGCGGCAAAGGGAGGAGAAGUACUCAUGUCAAUCAUGAUCCCAAGUUGCAACGCUCACGCGUAUAUGAAAUGCUCGAAGAAAAAUUUUGCGCCGUACGCAAAAAAUGCGACAGUAAAAAAUAUAAUAACAAUAAAUAAAUAUAAUGUGGGAUUAAUAAUGUGGGUCGAGUAAUAAUUGUUAAUGACACUCUUAAGACAGAAACGUCUCCAAGUUUUAUUUCUUAGGUUCGGGUUGCGGUUCUGUUUCCGGCUCCGGUUCCGGAUUCCGGAUUCCGGCUUUUCCAUACGCCCUGUUAUGUCGGUGAGACAAACCGACAUCUUGCUACACGUGUUCGUGAACAUUUAACAUCCGACAAGAACUCGCACAUCUUUCAGCACAUUCAUGGGUCAGAAACAUGCAGAGAUUUGUGCUCAGAGAAUUGCUUUUCAAUCCAAUAA